AUGCAGGCAAGAACAAACAGAAAUCCUAAGAAAGAGCUUACUAUAGAAUCUCCACAGAAGGGCAGGGAUGCAGGUCCUUGCGAAGUGCAACCGGAGAAUCCUGUGGUUGUACUGGCAAAGCCAAAACUUAUAGAACCAAUAGACUAUGAAAAUGUCAUUGUUCAGAGAAAAACACAGAUUUUGAAUGAUCCUCUACGUGAGAUGCUACUGUUCCCUUAUGAUGACUUCCAGACAGCAUUAUUGCAGCGGCAGAGUCGAUACAUUCGUUCAACAGUUCCUGAAAAUGCAGAGAAAGAAGCUCAGAGCCUGUUUGUAACUGAGUGCAUCAAAACCUACAAUUCAGACUGGCAUAUUGUUAACUAUAGAUACGAAGAUUACUCAGGAGAGUUUCGACAGCUUCCAAAUAAAGGGACAAAGCCAGACAAACUUCCUGUUCAUUUAUAUGAAGUGGAUGAAGAAGCAGAUAAAGAUGAGGAUGCAGCAUCUCUUGGGUCUCAGAAGGGUGGAAUAACAAAACAAGGAUGGCUUUACAAAGGCAACAUGAACAGUGCAAUCAGUGUGACGAUGAGAUCAUUUAAAAGAAGAUUUUUCCACUUAAUCCAGCUUGGUGAUGGAUCCUAUAAUCUCAAUUUCUACAAAGAUGAAAAAAUAUCUAAAGAACCUAAAGGAUCAAUAUUUCUGGAUUCAUGCAUGGGCGUGGUUCAGAACAAUAAAGUCAGACGUUUCGCAUUUGAGCUCAAGAUGCAAGACAAGAGUAGUUUCCUUUUAGCUGCAGACAGUGAACUUGAAAUGGAAGAGUGGAUAAACACUCUGAACAAAAUCCUUCAGCUUAACUUUGAGGCUGCAAUGCAAGAAAAAAGAAAUGGCGAGUCCCACGAAGAUGAUGAACAAAGCAAACUGGAAAGCUCAUCAAGUAGUUUUGAUAACUACUAUCCUGAAAUUGCCAAGAGUACCAGAGAAGCAGAAAUCAAGCUGAAAACUGAAAGCAGAGUUAAACUUUUUGCCUUGGAUCCAGAUGCACAGAAACUUGACUUUUCUAGUAUUGAACCAGAAGUUAAGCCAUUUGAAGAGAAAUUUGGAAAAAAAAUUCUUGUAAGGUGUAAUGAUUUAUCCUUUAAUUUGCAAAGCUGCGUUGCAGAAAAUGAAGAAGGACCAACAACAAAUGUAGAACCUUUCUUUGUCACACUGUCACUAUUUGAUAUUAAAAACAACAGGAAGAUUUCAGCAGAUUUCCAUGUUGAUUUAAACCACGCCUCAGUAAGGCACAUGCUGUCCAGUGCAUCUCAGCAAAUGAUGAAUGGCAGUGGUGAUAGCUUACACAGAAUUCAGGACAUUCAUGAAACUGUCUUGCAAUAUCCAAAGCAGGGAAUAUUUUCAGUCACAUGUCCUCAUACUGACAUUUUCCUUGUGGCUAGAAUAGAAAAGGUGUUACAGGGAAGUAUUACACAUUGUGCUGAACCAUAUAUGAAAAGUUCAGAUUCGUCAAAGGUUGCACAGAAAGUUUUGAAGAAUGCUAAGCAGGCUUGCCAGAGAUUAGGUCAAUAUAGAAUGCCUUUUGCCUGGGCAGCUAGGACAUUGUUUAAAGAUGCCUCAGGAACCCUGGACAAAAAUGCAAGAUUUUCUGCUCUCUUCAGGCAAGACAGUAAUAAACUCUCAAAUGAAGACAUGUUGAAAUUAUUAGCAGAUUUCAGGAAACCUGAAAAGAUGGCCAAACUUCCUGUUAUUUUAGGAAAUCUGGAUGUUACAAUUGACAAUGUGUCACCAGAUUUUCCAAAUUAUGUUAACUCAUCAUACAUUCCCAUGAAACAGUUUGAAAACAGUACCAAGACACUCACAGCGUUUGAAAUAGAGGAGUUUGUUCCCUGUAUACCAAAAUGCACUCAGCCUUUUACCAUCUACAACAAUCAUCUUUAUGUUUAUCCAAAGCACUUAAAAUAUGACAGUCAAAAGUCUUUUGCAAAGGCUAGAAAUAUUGCAGUGUGUGUUGAGUUCAAGGAUUCUGAUGAAGAGGAUUCUUUGCCUUUGAAGUGUAUCUAUGGUAGGCCUGGUGGACCAGUAUUUACAAGAAGUGCAUUUGCUGCUGUUUUGCAUCACCAUCAAAAUCCAGAGUUUUAUGAUGAGAUUAAAAUAGAGCUGCCCACUCAGUUACAUGAAAAGCACCAUUUGUUGUUCACAUUCUACCAUGUCAGCUGUGAUAGCUCAAGCAAAGGGAGUACAAAGAAGAAAGAUGUUGUUGAAACACAAGUUGGGUAUUCUUGGCUUCCUUUGAUAAAAGACGGAAGAGUGGUCACCAAUGAGCAACAAAUCCCAGUGUCAGCAAAUCUUCCAUCGGGCUAUCUUAGUUAUCAAGAAGUGGGUGUUGGAAAGCAUUCUGGUCCUGAAAUUAAAUGGGUAGAUGGAGGCAAACAACUGCUAAAAAUAUCCACUCAUCUGGUGUCAACUGUGUAUACACAGGACCAGCACUUGCAUAAUUUUUUUCAGUACUGUCAGAAAACAGAGUCUGGAGCUCGUGCACUAGGAACUGAUCUUGUAAAAUAUCUUAAGAGCCUUCAUGCUAUGGAAGGCCAUGUGAUGAUAGCUUUCCUGCCAACUGUUCUAAACCAGUUGUUCAGAGUUCUCACCAGAGCAACUCAAGAGGAAGUUGCAGUCAAUGUGACAAGGGUUAUUAUCCAUAUUGUUGCUCAGUGUCAUGAAGAAGGUUUGGAUAGCUACCUGAGAUCUUAUGUAAAGUAUGCAUAUAAGGCAGAACCCUUUGUUGCUUCUGAAUAUAAGACAGUACAUGAAGAGUUGACAAAGUCAAUGACAACAAUUUUAAAGCCAUCUGCUGACUUUCUUACAAGCAACAAACUGCUUAAGUAUUCAUGGUUUUUCUUUGAAGUUCUGAUAAAGUCAAUGGCUCAACAUUUGAUAGAAAACUCUAAAGUGAAGCUGUUGAGAAACCAGAGAUUUUCUGCCUCCUUUCAUCAUGCAGUGGAAACAGUUGUUAAUAUGCUAAUGCCACACAUCACUCAGAAGUACAGAGACAAUCCAGAGGCCUCAAAAAAUGCAAACCAUAGUCUGGCUGCCUUUAUAAAGAGGUGUUUCACUUUUAUGGACAGAGGCUUUGUUUUCAAGCAGAUCAAUAACUACAUCAGCUGCUUUGCCCCAGGAGAUCCCAAGGCUCUUUUUGAAUUCAAAUUUGAAUUUCUUCGUGUAGUCUGUAAUCAUGAGCACUAUAUACCACUGAAUCUACCAAUGCCGUUUGGAAAAGGCAGAGUUCAGAGAUACCAAGACCUUCAGCUGGACUAUUCAUUAACUGAUGAAUUCUGUAAGAAUCACUUCUUGGUUGGGCUGCUUCUAAGGGAGGUGGGCAAUGCCUUACAAGAGUUCAGAGAUGUGCGGCAGAUUGCCAUCAGUGUGCUCAAGAAUUUGAUGAUAAAGCAUUCUUUUGAUGAUAGAUAUGCUACCAGGGGCCAUCAAGCAAGAAUAGCCACUAUGUAUUUGCCACUCUUUGGUCUGCUCAUAGAAAAUGUUCAGCGGAUCAAUGUGAAAGAUGUGUCUCCAUUUCCUGUUAACCCUUCCACCAAUAGCACAAAGGAUGAUGUGCAGAUUUUGCCGACUGCAAGUCAGUUAGUAACACCACAAAAAUCAGGAAACACAUUGGAUAACAACCUUCCUAAAGACCUGUUUGGUGUUAUCUCUGGCAUUGCUUCCCCAUACACCACAUCAACUCCAAAUAUUAAUAGUGUGAGGAAUGCUGACUCAAGAGGCUCUCUUAUAAGCACAGACUCAGGAAACAGUCUCCCAGAAAGACACAGUGACAAGAGCAAUUCUCUUGACAAGAACCAACAGAGCAGCACUUUAGGAAGUUCUGUUGUUCGAUAUGACAAACUUGACCAAGCAGAGAUCAAAAGUCUGCUUAUGUGUUUCCUUCAUAUUUUAAGAAGCAUGUCAGAUGAUGCAUUGUUUACAUAUUGGAACAAGGCUACAAAAUCUGAACUCAUGGACUUUUUCACCAUUACAGAAGUGUGCUUACAUCAGUUCCAGUACAUGGGAAAACGAUACAUAGCCAGGAACCAGGAGGGGUUAGGAUCCAUAGUUCAUGAUCGAAAAUCUCAGACAUUGCCUGUUUCCCGUAACAGAACAGGAAUGAUGCAUGCCAGAUUGCAGCAGCUGAGCAGCCUGGAUAACUCUCUCACUUUUAACCACAGCUAUGGCCAUUCAGAUGCAGAUGUCCUUCACCAGUCUUUACUUGAAGCAAAUAUUGCCACCGAAGUUUGCAUUACAAUUCUGGACACUCUAUCAUUAUUCACAAUGGCUUUUAAGAAUCAGCUACUGACUGAUCACGGACAUAAUCCACUGAUGAAGAAAGUAUUUGAUGUAUACCUCUGCUUCCUUCAAAAGAAUCAGUCUGAAACAGCAUUGAAAAAUGUAUUCAGUGCUUUAAGGGCACUUAUUUACAAGUUUCCUUCUACAUUUUAUGAAGGUAGAGCUGAUAUGUGUUCUGCACUGUGCUAUGAAAUUCUGAAGUACUGUAAUUCCAAGCUGAGUUCAAUUCGUAAUGAAGCUUCACAGUUACUGUACUUUUUGAUGAGAAAUAAUUUUGACUACACAGGGAAGAAGUCUUUUGUUCGAACACAUCUGCAAGUUAUUAUUUCAGUAAGCCAGUUAAUUGCUGAUGUGGUUGGAAUUGGAGGAACUAGAUUUCAGCAGUCUCUUUCCAUCAUCAACAAUUGUGCCAAUAACGACAGAAUUAUUAAGCACACUACAUUCCCUUCUGACGUUAAGGAUUUAACCAAACGGAUUCGCACAGUACUGAUGGCUACGGCUCAGAUGAAGGAACAUGAGAAUGAUCCAGAAAUGCUUGUAGACCUCCAGUACAGCUUGGCAAAGUCAUAUGCAAGUACACCUGAACUGAGGAAGACAUGGUUAGACAGCAUGGCAAGGAUCCACGUUAAAAAUGGAGAUCUUUCAGAGGCAGCAAUGUGCUAUGUCCAUGUAGCAGCACUGGUUGCAGAAUAUCUCACACGAAAAGGGAUGUUUAGGCAAGGUUGUACUGCUUUCAGAGUAAUCACACCAAAUAUAGAUGAAGAGGCUUCAAUGAUGGAGGAUGUUGGAAUGCAAGAUGUUCACUUCAAUGAAGAUGUGCUGAUGGAAUUGUUGGAGCAGUGUGCUGAUGGACUCUGGAAGGCAGAACGCUAUGAACUCAUUGCUGACAUAUAUAAACUUAUAAUUCCCAUUUAUGAAAAACGGAGAGAUUUUGAGAGGCUUGCUCACUUAUAUGACACCCUUCAUCGAGCAUACAGUAAAGUUACAGAAGUUAUGCAUACAGGCAAGAGGCUGCUGGGAACUUAUUUCAGGGUAGCAUUCUUUGGACAAGGUUUCUUUGAGGAUGAAGAUGGAAAAGAAUAUAUCUAUAAAGAGCCUAAACUCACCCCUCUUUCAGAAAUUUCCCAAAGACUCCAAAAACUCUACUCUGACAAAUUUGGAGCUGAAAAUGUCAAAAUGAUUCAGGAUUCUGGCAAAGUAAAUCCUAAGGAUUUAGAUUCAAAAUAUGCAUAUAUUCAAGUUACACAUGUAAUUCCAUACUUUGAAGAAAAGGAGCUGCAGGAAAGAAAAACAGAUUUUGAAAGGACUCAUAACAUUCGUCGUUUCAUGUUUGAGAUGCCUUUUACUCAAGGUGGUAAAAGACAAGGAGGAGUAGAAGAACAGUGUAAGCGACGGACUAUUUUGACAGCCAUACAUUGUUUCCCAUAUGUGAAAAAGCGCAUUCCAGUGAUGUACCAGCACCACACUGAUUUAAAUCCAAUUGAAGUAGCCAUUGAUGAAAUGAGUAAAAAAGUUGCAGAGCUUAGGCAGCUUUGCUCUUCGGCCGAAGUAGAUAUGAUCAAAUUGCAGUUGAAGCUACAGGGAAGUGUCAGUGUUCAGGUUAAUGCUGGUCCAUUAGCAUAUGCAAGAGCUUUCUUAGAUGACACUAACACCAAAAGAUAUCCAGACAAUAAAGUAAAGCUCCUAAAAGAAGUUUUUAGGCAAUUUGUUGAAGCCUGUGGGCAUGCUCUGGGUGUAAAUGAACGACUGAUAAAGGAAGAUCAGUUGGAAUAUCAAGAAGAAAUGAAGGCCAACUACAGAGAAAUGGCAAAAGAGCUUUCUGAAAUAAUGCAUGAACAAAUUACUCCGGUGGAAGAAAAGGCCAGUGUCAUGCCCAACUCACUACACAUUUUCAACGCCAUAAGUGGAACUCCAACAAGCACAACAGUUCAUGGGAUGCCCAGUUCUUCUUCAGUUGCAUGAUUGUUUUGUAAAGGAAAGUAUGUUUGUUUCUUUUGAAGUUUGUGGAUUUGCUUCAUUGUGUGCAAACUCAGGAUGACCUUGAAGCUAAAUGUUGGGCACAUGCAAACUGCGUAGUUCAUACGAAUGUCUGAGCACACUUAGCAAAUAGCAGUUACUGGUAAUAGUCUUUUAGAGUAAGGGAGGCACACAUACAUAUUUUUUAAUCUUGCUGGUAAAAUUUAAAAGUGUUCACAAUGUCAUUGCAGAAGUGCGUGUUGGAAAAUUAUCAAGUUGAAGUUAGCUUCUGUUUUUCAUUAGAAAGUAUUAUUAAAAUGAAUUGCACAUUACAAAAAAAAGUGUUGUGGGAUGUAUUUUGCAGAUAUGUAAGAUUCAGGUGUUCUUUUUGUGUAUGGCACAUAGAGAUUCCAAGUACAAGAACUAUUUUGGGGCUAGAGAGAGACACUAGUUUUUGGGGUUUAAUGGAACUGACAAUAGUAGUUUUUGUACCAGUUGGCAAAUUGUUGUGCUUUAUUUUAUACCUUGUUGCAUUUUGGAGGUAUGCAAGCUUAGAUCUUACUAAACAACUAAAUACAACCAAAGGUCUGUAUUAAUAAACACUGAGUUAUACUAAAAUAUCAAUAGUAGUAAAUUGUUAUGUACAUAUUGUUUGUUAAUACAGUCCGUACAGUCUGUACAUAAAUGUAUUACAUUUCUAAGCAUUUUUUUAAUAUUCAUACCAGCUCUUACCAUUCUGCUUUCAGUUUAUUUUGAAAAUUUGCUCAUUCCAAGUAAAUGCAGACUUUACAGUUCAUUUAUCCCUGUAUAUAAAUAAGUGCAAUAUAAAGAUGUAUACAGUCUUUGCUAUGUUAGGUUUAUAUGCAGUUAUUAAAAGAAAAACCUUUUUUGCCAAAGCAAUGGAGUAUGUAAUUGGUAAUCAUGGUUACUGUGGUAAAUGGUGGUAUAAUUUAAAGCUUUUUCCAUAUUCUUAUUCUUUUAAGACAUUAAUUUAGUAAUUUUAUAUUUGGGGAAAAUAAAGGUUUUUAAUUUUAUUUAACUGGAAGCACUGUCCUGCUGUAAUUAAACAUUCUGUACUACAUCUAUAUUAAAAGAAAAAAGGUAGUUACUUUU